AUGCAGCCACCCCAACCAUAUAGCUUCGGCUACGACAACCAAGACCAGUACGGCACAAAGUCUUACCACAAGGAACAGGGUGACGCUUCCAACUCCAAGACCGGCACAUACGGGUAUUCGGAUGCCAACGGCAUCUAUCGUCAGGUGAAGUACGUCGCCGACGCUGGUGGAUUCCGCGCAAAGGUCGACACCAACGAGCCCGGAACUGCCCCUGGUGCCACCGGCGAUGCACAGUACAACGCAAACCCCCUCCCUGCUGGCCGGCAGUACCGUAUCAUCGGCGGGUCUUCGCUCUUCUCGGCGCCCUACACGAGCGCAUCCACCUAUGGAGGCUUCGGUUAUGGCGGUUCCUGGUCUGGAUAA